GCUGGGGUGCAGAGAGCUCCCAGCAGCACGGGCAGUCGGUCUGGCCUGUUGGAACCGAAACUGCUCCCUGCGAGAGGUGCGUGGAAGCAGCGACCCGGCUUGGCUAAUCUGUGGGCACUAGGGCUUUGGAGAAAUAAGUGUGGGAAGUUUGUGUGCUCUGAAACUGAAGACUGGUGAUUUAAAGUGAUUAAUGUAAACACAGCUUUGGUAGUGAGAUGACCUGUGAAGGCACUAGGCUCUUGUUCAAACGAACCGGAAAGAGGAAACGAGCGAAGAAGCUAGUGAUGGACACGGGUCAGCUUCGGCCGGGAGACCGGUGCCGUGACCGUGACCCGGCUGCCCGUGUACAAAGUGACUGUGUGACAGCUCGCGGGACAAUAUGUGGUGUGCAAGGUGCCGCGGAGGCUGCGAGGGCCCGAGAAAAGGACUGCUUAGUGUGGACUCAGCCUGUGAGGAGGGGCGCUGUGAGGACAGCCGUACAGCUCUGCCGAGUAGUGACCGUAUUUGGUUUGUUGGUGGUUAUACUGCCGGGAGUUACGGGUCAGGGACGCACUGCUCCGAUCAUCACCAUACGACAGGGAUCGCUGGAAGGGGUUCGGGAGUACGUGGACCCUCGCCAGAGGCCAGUGUUUUCUUACAAGGGCAUUCCAUACGCCACUCCGCCGGUGGGAAGCCUCCGAUUCAAGCCGCCGGUUCGCGACUAUGGAUGGAACCGGACCCAGCGGUUCGACCGGUUCGGACCCGAGUGUCCCCAGCUGGACGUCCAGGGAGUGCCCGAGCCGGGCGUCUCGGAGGACUGUCUCACGCUCAACGUCUGGAUACCGCAGGUCCCGGACGGCUUCCAGCGUUUUCCCGUGGUCGUGUUUUUGAAUGGAGAGCUGUUUUGGAGACAGAGGGCCUCCCGCUACCCUCUGGAGGAACUCAGCUCCGAAGAUAUUGUCACAGUCUCCGUCAGCUACAGAACUAACUUGUUCGGUUUCUUCACUCUGCAGUCGUCGGCGGCUCCGGGGAACCUUGGCCUGCGGGAUCAGCAGCUGGCGCUGCUCUGGGUCCGCGAGAACAUCGGGGCAUUCGGCGGUGACCCCCGCCGGGUCACCCUGGUGGGCUUCUCGGCAGGCGCAGCUUCCGUCGGCCUCCACCUGGUGUCGCCCCAGUCGCAGGGUCUGUUUCAGCGCGCUAUGCUGGUGUCCGGCUCCCCGCUGGCGACCUGGGCCCACAUGGAGGCCGGGGAGGCGCGCCGGAUCGGACAGGAGGUGACGGCCAUCAUGGGCUGUCGCAGCGGCAGUGACUGGGAAGCGGUGCGCUGCCUGCAGGACCAGGACUUCAUGCGCCUGCUGACGGCCGCGCAGAGGAUCCUCGAGUCGCGUGGUCGGUUCCACCCGGUGUUCGCCCCGGUCACCGACUCGUUUGUCGUCUCACGUGACCAGUUUCUGCCCGAGGACCCUGACCGUCUCCUGAAGCGCGGUGACUUCGUCAAGGUGCCCGUCAUGAGUGGAGUAGAUGCGGACGACGGCGUUCUCCUGCUCUACCAGUACCCGGGCACGGACCGCCUGACGUUCUCGAACCUCACCGAGGUGCUGCGCCGGGUGGUGAUCCCUCGCCUAAUGGACCAGCAGGGCCUGACGCGGCGGCGCGCGCUGCUGACCGGCGUCCUCAGCUACCGCUACGUGGACACGGUGCCGCCCGGCAGCCAGCAGCAAAUGCUGACCAGCUUCGUCAAGAUAUUCAGUGACGCCUAUUUUGUGGCGCCGCUGUACUCGUUUCUGGACCUGUACGCUCGCAGCGGUGCCGAUUUGUACGCCUACGGCUAUAAUGGAGAGGGACCGGACAUCUUCGGGAACAUCGUCUCACUACCAAGUGCCAGCCACGGCUCUGAGCUUCUGUACGUGCUCGGCCCAUCCAUGUACCGGGAUCUGGUCGGUGGAACGUACGGUGCCGUCCAGCAGAGGCUCGGUCAGAAACUGCGCACCUACUGGAAGGGAUUCAUCACCGACGGGGACCCGGUGCGCGGCCGGUACGGGGAGCGCUGGGACCGGUACACCCUGGACCAGCCCGUGUUCCAGGACCUCGUCCACUCCGUCUCCGUGGUCGGCUACCGACGAGAGGACGCCAGCUACUGGAACAAGUUCCUCAGCUUUAUUGCCGCUGAGAACACCGGGCCGAGCCCGACGGAAGGAGUCACUACUGAACCACUCGUGGGCUCGGGCCCGCAGUACGAGACGGCCACCUGGGUGCUGCUCGCCGUCCUCCUGCUGCUGAUCGUCGGCCUGCUGGUGGCCUUCCUGCUCACCCGCCGACGGCGCCGGCUCAAGUCGGACAUGGCGUACGGGUAGCAAUCCGCCGCGGGGCCGCACGCGAUGUACCGACGCAAUUCUCUGGUAGCAGGUUUGUCGUCAACGUCUUCACGAGCGGCACGCCGGCGGGCGGCGAGUUCCGCCUCGGCCGACCGGAUGGCGCGCAGGUCGCACCACCAGGGGGCCGCACUGGACGAGCCCGGCUCGCUCCGGCGGAUGGCCGAGCUCAGCGCGGGGGUGGAACGGCUCGACCAGGGGGGACGCGACUCGCCGAUGUCCGGCAGGUCGGGGAGAUCGGGCAGGUCGGCCAGGUCAGGUCACCAGGGGAUGGUGCCCUCCGGGAGAGGUCGUGACCGGCAGGAGCUCGUCCUGAGGGACGUGGCCGGCUCUCUGCGCCACCUGGCGGUGCUGAGCGCCGGCCGGGCGAGGCUCGACCGUCACGCCGCCGAACUGUCGCGAGCCUCGUCACGGGCCUCCUCUCGACCGUCCUCUCGGGCCUCGGCGAGACCCGGCUGGUCGAGGAGUCGCAUCACCAGCGCGGUUCGCAUCGAGCUGCACGAGACAGGCUCGCCCCGCCUGGAUCGCUCGCCCCGCCUGGACCGCUCGCCCCGCCUCGACCGUCCCUCGCCCCGUCUCGACCGUCCCUCGCCCCGUCUCGACCGUCCCUCGCCCCGCCUCGACGUUCCUCACUCCUCACGGUCGGCCGUCCUAGAUCGCGACGAGCUCGACCUGGAUUGGUCCGACGGGGACGUCAGUGACACGGAGCGACCCGAGUGUGACGUCACCGACGCCGCCGAGCGGCCCGAGUGUGACGUCAUCAGUCGGGGCGGCGGUCGCGUCGGGCGUUACGGUGUGCAGCGGCUGCCCUCGGGCUACGAGGGCGAGGUGGCGCACGAAUACUGCGUGGUGGUCGAUCAUGUGCCCACUCCCGUGCCGCCGAACGCCGUCAGCGGGCUCGCCGACAUGGAGACGCUCUUCUGACGUCAUCUGUGUCUGCUGGUGACGUCAUUUGUGCUAUUGGUGAAGACGUUACGACGACAGAGCUUUCUCGGUACACAAAGCGUGCGGUCCCGUGGAUCGUGUCAGGUGGCUGAUGAUGUAUGCCGUUUCAGCCGCUGUAUGUGUGGGUGUCUGCGUGUGCGCAAGUGUCCUAGUAACGUAUGGGUUCACGUUUAUGUGUGUGUGUGUGUUUUUUUUUUAAUGGGUACUGAGUAUUGACACGGAUGUCCGGUUGUGCUGUAAUGUCGCAAUUUUAUUAUGAAAAGGGUUCAGUGAGAGUUAUUUUAUUUCUGCAGGAAGAGAUGCUAUUUGAAUAAGAAAAGGUCUUGUUUUGUAAUCACUCUAGACUUAUAAAUAAUCCGCAAUGCACCGAGCCAUAUCCGCUUAAGUAGGUAAAUAAAUGUCGCCCAUGAAUUUCGUUCUUUUAAAACUUUGCUAGUAUUAUUUGAUGAGAAACGUGCAUGUGGGUGCUAAUUGAUGUCGAUGAUCAGCAUUUAAAUGAAGUAGUUUGUAACUUUGUAUGGUAAUCGCAUGACCAUUCGAUCAGCAACCAUCUGCUGCUUUUAUCAGGUGUAGGUAACUGUAGCGCUUUAUGUAGAGUAGCGAUUAGACUUGUCCUCCCGUAUUGUUUUAGCUCAAACGGUAUUAUGUGCGUUUUCGUGUUAGCAAUGAGCGCAAAUUUGGAAGUUUUGCGUGCUUACAUCAGCAUCGGAACAAAACAUUUUAGUUCGGAACAACUGUCUUAUUAUCUUACGAAUCGUGUCACAACUCUACUCUCCCAGUGUUUACCUUUUUGAGCCAUCUUAACCCUCGCCCGUAAACGGCGAUCUGCCACCUUCGCCCAUGCAGGGGGGGGGGUUGGUGCGACCCCCCCCCCUUGGCGUUUGAACACGGAGCGUCGUAGAGCUUAGCGGAAAAGACCAACGGAUUGCUCUCGCCGAGAUCUCGCGAUUGGUGGUAUAUUUUUUGGUCCUAGAUCAACAUUUGACCUACUUUUGACCGGUCAAAGGUCAAAUUUUCGGAAAAAUAGACUUUUUCAAAUUUUCCGCGGCGAUUGCGGCAAAACGGUGGGAGAUAUCGACUUGAAACCUUCACUAUCGUGUUCCUUGAUCAAUUCUCUAUCGUUUGGUAUGUAUUUCGUUUCCCUAGCUCUAAAAAUGGCGCGUUGGGAGCGCCGGAAGUCGGCAAGGUCACAGUCGGCGGCAGAAAUUCGAAAAAUCAAAAUUUAAAUUUUUGAAAUCUGAUUGUAUUUUUGGAUUUGGGAUGUCCAUUUGCUCCCUAUAGAAGCUAAUAUUGCUGCAUAUUCCCAUUGCGGUGACAAGAAUUAGCAAAAUAGUGGUUCGGGCGCUUUUCAAAAAUAGUACCGGACGUUGUUCCUCUUGUGACGUCAUAGCCCCGUGACCUGACCUGACCCGGUCAAGUUUCUUAUACCAUAAUACCAUAUGAAAGCCAAUACGUGCCCCAACAUGCAUGGGAAGUUUCAUCACGAUCCAUCAACCGAUGUCCGUACCACCGGCAGGAAACCUCGGGCGUUGGCACUCAGUUUGUGAAAAUCCGGCCGGAGGCUGUUCCCUUUGUGACGUCAUAACUCCGUGACCUGACAUGACCCGGUCAAAAUUUUUUUAUCAAAAGAUGCGCAAGGUUUGCCCCAUAAGGUACCCAAAAUUUGGCGGCGCUGCGCGCCGCCGUUUUUGCACUAUUUCCGAAAAACCUCAGGGGGGGGGGGGUUGCACCAACCCCCCCUACAUGGGCGAGGGUUAAUAUAUCAUUAUACAUGUCUCGGAUGAAAUUAUUCAUCGUUACUAUACUGAGAUUGCAUGCUUCGUCAUCAUAUGAUGUCUCUGACGACUGAAAAUAAACUCUGCUUCAGA